GGUCAACAUCAAGAAAGGGUUUUUUUUAUGUUGCGUGUCAUACUCAUCGUUAUCAUCUCCUUCACAUCGUAAAUAGUCAUCUUGUAACGUGUACUUCUUUAGAAACACAAUUGUCGCCAACAGACAUCAAAGAAAUUUCAAAAUUAGAGUAAAGAAAAAUUUAUGAAUUCGAUUCAAUUUUCUUGUAGCUCUCUCCCACACGACAUAAUUUUGAAGAUCGGCUCUUCUCUUCAGGUGACUGAUCUUUGCGCACUCAGUACCUGUUCUAGGUUCUGGAGAGAGCUAUGUGGUUCUGAUAUCUUAUGGGAACCUCUGUUUAAAGAAAGAUGGCCCUUAUUGGUCACAUUUGAUGGAGACAACACUCAGCUUCCUGAAUCCCAAACCGCACAAACAGAUGAUAAUUUGCAGGAAUGGAGAAGACUUUACUUGAUGCGUCACAAUGAAAUGGCAUCUAAAGUUUCUGAGGUGAUUACAUUUGUGGUUCAGUGGCCCGCUACGUUGUCUCUAGAGGCCGGUGAGUAUCUACACGCGGUCGAAACCAUGAGGUCGAUGCGGUUAGGUCUCCAAGAUGUAGAGUUCUUCCUCUUCAAACCAAACUUGAGCGUGCUGCUUAACCUUAUUGGACUCAUCUACUGCAUACGAAACCUGAAACAGAGGGAGCAAAUCUUGGGUGCGAUGAGGCGGUGUGGAGUCUCAGAGCAGCUGGUUUGGGUGAAGUGGUUGACGUUAGGUCGAUGGUCACGCGGGAGAAGAAUGAGAGACGAGAUUGUCUCGCGUCAGGUGUCUUUAGCUGAUGUUGCAACAGGGAAAGAAGAAAUGGUGCUACGAGUGCUUCAACGAGGAGUUGUUCACGAAGUUCUAAGGGUUUGUAUCUCAACCGUUGAUCUUGCUUGCACACCUUGCACCAGUAGCACCAUCAGAAACUACUGAAACCGGUUUUGGAUUUGCACUUUGUAUAACUAUAACCACAUUUCACAAAAACUUUUGUUUGUUACAAACUGAAUGUAAAUUAUGAUGGAAAACUUUUAAAGUGUACGUAAAUAAUAAACGAAUUUGUCUGAUUACAUUCCGGUAAGUUUAUAUAAAUCAGUAAAUACCUAUACAGAA